AUGGUUCGUCUCGCCGGAGCUGGAUUUUAUUCCACGGGGAAUUCUACUGAAACAAAAUGUUUUCUAUGUGAAGUAAUUUACAGUGACUGGAUUUCCGGUGAUGAUCCUAUGCAUAUUCAUAGGCAAAUAUCUCCUUUAUGUGAUGUCGUUGCGAAUGGAAAUAGACAGGACACUUUACAAUUGCAAAAUAAAAGAAGACAAUCGCGAAUGGAAGUACAACCAUCUACGCUCAACAAUAUAUCAACAACCCACGUUACGUUGGAUUCAAAUGAACAUGUUUAUUCAUCAAACGUUUUAACCAGCGGACGGCAAAAUGAUGAUAUAAGUGAUAUUACGUCCUCCGAUAGACAUUUCCACCAUCAUGAUAUUGUGGAAGAUCAACCUACUGUCGUAUCGCCUCAAUGGUCUCAAAGCAAUGCUAGUAAUACUUAUAGUGAUAAAAAUCCCACAAUUAACUGUAAAAACAAUUCACAGAAUAUUGGUAUAACGAAUAAUUCUACAGCGUGUAAUUAUAAAAGAGGUUCUAGUAAUAAUCAUCUGGAUAUCGGUAUUCAGAAUCAAAAUCCGAGAUACGUAAACUAUGCUCCCCUUCAAGUGCGAAUAAGUUCAUUUGAAGGAUGGCCAGGAUAUUUAAACCAAACACCACGUGAGAUGGCAUUAGCUGGUUUCCUGUUUGCUGGGUACCAUGACUACACUAGAUGCUUCCACUGUGGCGGAGGACUUAGAAACUGGGAAGCAGGUGAUGACCCAUGGGUUGAGCAUGCUCGCUGGUUCCCGCAAUGUGGCUUCCUGAAACAAAACAAGGGAGAGCACUUCAUACAAGCUGUUUUGAAAAAGCAUUACAUGGAUCAAAAGGGUAACGAAAACAGCACCUACAGUCCUAAAAACCAACAAGAAGAUCGAACUGUCACAUCUAAUAGGAAUACAACCAUGGCUUCCACUUCUGUGGCCGGUUUGGACAAGAGUAAUAUGUGCACACCAAAUUACCAAGUACAAGAACAAUCAAAUAGCAGAAAUUCAUCAUCGGGCAUACAACCAGUUACUAAUGAUAGUACCACUGUUGCUUCAAGGGUGAAUACUACUUAUAAUUAUGUUUCCACAACAAAUAUAGAACACACGGAGCGAAGGAUAUUGCAAACUAUUGCAGCUAGAACUGUUAUAGAGAUGGGAUUUAACAGCCAUCAAGUAAUCGAUGCUGUAAUUGAAAUUCAGAGACUGAGCUCAGGUAAAUUUGAAGGAUUCUCAGAUGUUUCAGCAACAGAUAUCAUGAAUGUUCUUCUCAGAGAGGACCACCAGCAAACAGUAGAAGUUUUGAAUGUACAAGAAACUAGCACAGGAAAAGGCAUAGGUGGCGCUUCUUUUGAUGACACUCAUUUGAUUUUAGAAGAAAAUAGACAGCUACAAGAACAAAGCCAAUGUAAAGUGUGUAGAGAGUUUGACUCUACUGUCGCUUUCUUACCAUGUGGACAUAUUGUAUGUUGUACAGACUGUGCUCCAGCAAUGCGUAAAUGUCCCGUAUGUAAAACGUAUGUUAAAGGUACAGUGAAGACAUUCCUAGCAUGAGGCGAUAUGACAGAUUUUUACAAUUAAAGUUAUCGUUAGAUUGAAAACGUAUCGAAUAUCACGUCGAAAGUUUCAAUUAGUCGAUGCAAUUGCACAAUGAACUUGGACAGACAUUUGCAUCCGUUUAUACGUACACGUUAGUCA